AAAACGGCCAAAGUGACGCACACCUGCUAGUAUAAAAGCGAUUCCGAAUUCCCAUUUGCUUUACUCGUUUGAAAGCAGCGCUCUACACCAUUUCUCGCCUUAAAAACUUUAUUAAAAUCGUCAACGGAAUGGCCCUGCCGCAGAAGCACUUUAAACGAGGUUCGCCCAAGCCGGAACUGCCGGAGGACGGCGUCCUGCGCUACUACACGAUGCGCUUCUGCCCGUACUCGCAGCGCGUCGGCCUGGUGCUGGCCGCCAAGAAGAUACCGCACCACACGGUGUACAUCGAUCUCAACGAGAAGCCGGAGUGGUACAGCGACUACAGUCCGCUGGGCAAGGUGCCGGCCAUCCAGCUGCCCCAUUUGCCGGGCCAGCCGGCCCUGGUGGAGUCGCUGGUGAUCGCCGAGUACCUGGACGAGCAGUACCCCGGCGAUGGGUCACUCUUCCCCAAGGAUCCGCUACAGAAGGCGCUAGACCGAAUCCUUAUUGAGCGUCUGGCCCCGGCUGUCAGUGCCAUCUACCCGGUGUUCUUCACCAAAGAUCCUCCCGGAGAUGCCAUCAAGAACUUCGAGACGGCGCUGGAUGUGUUCGAGCAAGAAAUCACCAAGCGGGGCACUCCAUAUUUUGGCGGCGACAAGAUCGCCAUUGUGGAUUACAUGAUCUGGCCCUGGUUCGAGAGAUUCCCUGCCCUCCAGUACACCCUGGAGCCCAAGUACGAGCUGGACGCAAAGCGCUACGCUAAUCUGCUCAAGUGGCGCAACCUAGUGGCCGAGGAUGAGGCCGUCAAGGCCACGGCCCUGGAUGCCCGCAUCCAUGCCAAGUUCAUGCGCACGCGCCACGAGGCCAAGCCCAACUACGAUGUUGCCUUCGAGCCCUUGUAGGAAGCGUAAGAUGAAGUUCUGGCCAGGAUUAGUCAGGAGGAAUUAAGAUACUUAAAUUUGGAUUGUGAAACCGCUUAGCGGGAGAAAUUAAACAUUAAACAUACAUAUAUAUAUAUUUAAA